GAGAACCGCGUGGCUGCGAGAGGAGAGGACGGAGCGCGCCUGACUGGCAAGGGUGUCAUCAUGAAAGAGGAGGUAGAAACCGGCGUCAGGUUCAUCUCUCGCCUGGUGAACCGGCACGACAAGCUGGCCAAGGGGCAGGUGCAGCUCUUUGGGGAGAGUCUGGUCACGGUGCUGUUCAACGAACACUGGUACCCCGAGAACCCCCUCAAAGGACAGGCGUACAGGUGCAUCCGGAUCAACAGAUGGCAAAAAGUGGACGAUUCCCUGCUGAAAGCUUGCACGGAUUGCGGUCUGGAUUAUUCGGAGCUGGCGUUGCCCCGGGAAGUCUCGAUCUGGAUUGACCCUGGCGAAGUUUGCUGCCGGCUGGGCGAGAACAACCAAUACUUCAAGGUCAAGAAUGAAGAGGGAAGCAGCGGCAAAGCAUCGCCAGAGCUGGAGACGUCCGACUACCAUUCCGAAUCUCCCUCGGAGUGUUCGUCGGAGGACGAGGGGCCGAGGAAAACUGCGGCAGCAACGCCAGCCACGCCGAGCAAAAACCGGCCUACUGGAAGCAGUUUUACCAAGCAGGCACCUCAGUAUUUCUACAUGCCAUCUCCCCUCUGGGUCCCGUGUCCCCAACCUUUGGUCAGCUACAUCCCGGCGUACCCGCCCGUCACUGUCUACUACGUGGCCUCGAAACCGCCGGCUCGCAGGAAGCCCAACCCGAACCUCAUGAAGCGGCUGACCUACCGGGCGUCCAAAGUGUGAAGUGGGCGGGAGAGGCUGGGCGGAGCCGGCAGGCCGUAGGCCUCGCCCAGUUCUCUCCGUGAGAUGCUCCUGUCUGGCGUUGGGCCUUGUCUGUGAAGACAAACGGGGCCGCUGAUUUCAGAAUCCAUUUUAUCCCCUCCUGGUGAGACCUGAAUCCUAAGGAUUCUCCUCAGAAGUUAUACGCCAGGUGAAAGGAUCCUGGCUGUCUCUUAAUCUCGCCUGCCCCCCCAACCCUUGUGUGUGGAGGGGUGGGCCCCUUUUAUCCCAUGGUGCUGAAACGAGUGUAGCAUUCCGAUUGUGUAUUAACCAGCACUUGUGUGUACAGUAUGAAGCAAAAGUCAGGGGUGUCCCCAUACUGGACAGAAAUGAAACUUCUGGGGUUUUUAUUUCCUCUCCGGCAGGCAAAUGAAGUUUUUAAUAUUUGUGGGUGUUUAAAAAGGGGUUCUGUAUUUGACCUUGGUUGAGGAAUGAGAUUCUGUGGAAAAGAUUGGGAUUCUUGUCUCCUGUUUUCUCUGCCUCGGACUUUCCUUAAGAGAUUUCCUGUUUCUGUAACACUGGAAUGGCGACAGCAGCUUGUAUGUGCUUUCAAAAACAAAACAAAAAAAACCCCCACUCUAGAUUCCGGCUGCAAGAAAACUUAGCGUGGCUUGGCUUGUGUGGAAAUGAUUGGAAAAGGAGCAAAUCUGCAUACGAACUUCUUGUUCGUAAUCUUUCUGGCUUUUGCUAGUUGUGGGCGGGGCAAAGAGCAUCAAAGCCCCGCCUCCUGGCCGUGGAGCUCACAGCUCACCCAAUCAGCGUCCGCUGUUUUACGAGAAGUUGUCUGCUAUGCUUUUACUGCCAUAUGGGCUAGAAACCUGCUUUUUAAAAAAAGAAAGAAAGAAAAGAGUGCUAAGAUUUUUUAGGAUACAAAAUUCGCUCCCCCGAGAUCAGUUUCUAUGCUUGCGCAAUGCAAUCUCUGUCUGCACACCAACUCUGCAAAUAAUACUUAACCUACCUCAAGAGAUGCUGUUUUAAAGAAGAAUGAAACUAGAAGGUGUUUAAAUUUUUUUGCAUUUUUUGAAGGACUUGUUGUUGGGCCAAGUAUUAUUAAUAUUAUUAUUGAUGUUGAUAGUUUAUAUAUUAUUAUUAUCUUCUGUAAAUACCAAUCUGGAAUGUUAAUUUAUGAAAUGACCAAUAAUUGUAUAAAUAACUUUUUAUCUGCAGCUGGUUUUUAACGCA